AUGGAUUAUGAAUCCGAAGAACCAGCGACAGAUGAUGAUGAUAAUAAUGACCCUCUCGUGGAAGUGGAAAGAGAACCAUAUUUUUCAUCUAAUUUGGCUGCAAAACGAAUUAAAAAAAGAAAAAUGAUGCCUGGAGAAAAAAGUAAUGAUGAAUGUAUCGCUGAUCCAGAGAAGAUAUUUGAAACACAGGUUUACAAUGUUAUUUAUCACAAUGCUUUGCAAAGUUUGGAAAACAGAUUCACAGGUCACCAAACAUUAUUUUUGAACCUUGCUUGGCUAGAUCCGUCCUUUGGAAAAAUUGAUGAUUUGCCACAUGGUUCAUUUCAAUAUAUUGCGGAUCAAAUAACAAAACACAGUGGCAAUAAUAUUGUGACCUCAGCAGAAAUUUAUAGUGAACUGAAAGAUUUUGCGAAAAAAUGA